CUAACCUAAUCUAACAGCGAAUGAAACGUCAAAAAAGCAAAGUUACCUCUUAACGUGGAUUUACCGAAUUAGUUUAAAGUGUAAAAAAUGAUGUCCCAAGUAUUCUCGUAAUGUAUGGAAAAAAGUAGGAAAAACGUAGCGAAUACAUUUAUACGCACAUUUUGGAUAGUAAAAAAUGAAAAGAUAAAGUAAAUUGAUAACUUUCAUCUAGUAUCGGUAACCAAAGUAGAUGAACAAUUGAUAAGAAAAUAUUUAAAGUAGCCAAACUUCACUUUUAUUACAAAACAGUUCAAAAGUGCACAUCUACAGAUUGAUAUCGUGAAUUAUAACAAUGAGUGAGCAAGGUGAAUCCACAGUUGUUGUGGUGAAGGCAAAGCCAGUAAGAAGGGUUUAUAAGGCCCCGGUGAGGGUAAAUAAAAUACCCCCUGAGCAGCUAAACGACCCAUUGCUAAAUGCCGCCAUUGCAGUUUUGCCGACAAAUUAUAACUUUGAAAUUCACAAAACAAUAUGGAGAAUAAAAGAACUCAAGUCACAAAGAGUAGCUCUUCAAAUGCCUGAAGGUCUCCUUAUUUUUGCGACCACCAUUUCUGACAUUAUAGAAGAAUUCACUUGCGCUGAAACUGUCAUUAUGGGAGACGUUACUUAUGGUGCUUGCUGCAUUGACGAUUAUACGGCAAAGGCUCUCGGGGUCGAUCUGCUUGUCCAUUAUGGUCAUUCCUGCCUAAUACCAGUUGACAAAACAGUGGGAAUCAAAGUCCUGUAUAUAUUUGUUGAUAUAAAAAUCGAUGCAAUGCAUUGCAUAGAGUCUUUGCAGGCAAACUUGUUGGUAACAACGAAAAUAGCAUUAGUCAGCACUAUUCAAUUUGCCUCAACGCUCCAGGCUGUCGCUAUCGAGAUGAGAAAAGCUGGAUAUGAAGUUACCGUACCACAAAGCAGACCUCUUAGCCCUGGCGAAGUGCUCGGGUGUACGGCGCCUCAGAUUCGCUGCGCAGAUGCGGUCAUAUACUUGGGAGACGGUCGUUUUCAUUUGGAGGCAGCAAUGAUUGCGAACCCCAAAUUGCGGGCCUAUCGUUACGAUCCUUAUGACAAGAGUUUAACUGAGGAAUUCUAUGACCAUGAAAGAAUGCGAAGUAAUAGACGAACCGCGAUUGAAACUUCUAAAAGUGCGGAGAAAUUUGGACUUAUACUAGGCACCUUGGGUCGACAGGGAAAUCCCGAUGUAUUGAAGACUAUUGAGAAACGGAUCAAAGUAUUGAAGAAAGAAGCCGUUAUUAUUCUUCUUUCAGAAAUAUUUCCUGAUAAGCUAAAGUUAUUUGACGAUAUUGAUGCAUUUAUACAGGUCGCAUGUCCAAGGCUGAGCAUAGAUUGGGGUACAGCAUUUGAAAAGCCUUUACUGACGCCCUACGAGGGCUCAGUUUCUUUGAAGCUAGCAGAGUUGGACAAUGACAGACCAUACCCUAUGGACUUUUAUGCCUCUGCAAGUUUAGGCCCGUGGACACCAAACCAUAAACCUGCAGAUUUAGAAAAACAGACCGAUGCAUGCUGUGGAAAGUGCAAGGAAGUCAAAUAGCCAAUAUUCAAUAUAUGAAAAAUAAAUGUCUUUUCUAUCCUAUUUGAUAUUUGUAUUGAAAUGUUAAUACUUAGUUUUAAUGAUGUAUGUAGUGAAUGCAAGAAUCAGAAAUAUUUUGUAAUUACUGGGAAUAUCGACCGUGAAAUGUAGGUAGACGGUAUACCCUUCAGAUUAUCGUUUGAAUUUUUUCCGUUCACCAGUCUCAAAGUUGUAUGCUUAACUUUGCCUAAUCUACGUCGUUAUCUAGAAGAUAAGAGGAAAUAGGAUUUUCACUAUUUGAAAUGAAAAAUAGUUUGAAAUUGAAGAUUCACUUGACAUUCCGCGUGUAAUUUGGUGUUGGUACGCGUACAUUAUUUGCCAGUACCGUCUCCUGAACAAAUACAGUCUUGAAUUUGUGAUGUAACAUCAGUAAUUGCGGGAUGUUGUUAUUGAGAGUAAUAAACAUGAUCUUAAAACAAA